AUGGAGAGCCUGCUGGAGAACCCGGUGCGUGCCGUGCUCUACCUCAAGGAGCUCACGGCCAUCGUGCAGAACCAGCAGAGCCUCAUCCACACCCAGCGCCAGCGCAUCGACGAGCUGGAGCGGCGACUGGACGAGCUAAGCGCCGAGAACCGCAGCCUGUGGGAGCACCAGCAGCUGCUGCAAGCCCAGCCUCCGCCCGGGCUCGUCCCCCCGUCGCCAGCCCCGCGGCCGGCCACCCCGGCCACCGCUGCCUCCGCCGCCGCCGGGGCCCAGGAACCGCUCCAGAACCACGGACAGCUCCCGCCCGCCGCGCCGCAGCCCUCGCCCGAGCAGCCCCCGCUUCAGCACCACGGACAGCUCCUGGCGCAGCCCCAGCCCGGCCCGAGCAGCAGGGUUCACGCACCCCAAUCCCCCCACCAGCAUCCGGUGGCGCCGGGGGCCGCCGCCGACAAGGAGAAGGAGCGUUCCCCGAGUUGCUGUGCUGCUGCUGGAGCCCUCAUUCCGCACAAAUCCCCCGCCGCCCUCGGCAAGGGCGUCCUGAGCAGGAGACCUGAGAAUGAGACUGUGCUGCACCAGUUCUGCUGCCCAGCCGCCGACGCCGAGCAGAAGCCUUCCUGCUCCGACCUGGCCUCCCAAAGUGACGGCUCCUGCGCCCAGGCCGGUGGGGGCACGGAGGACUCCGUGGCGGCGGCGGCGGUGGCCGGCAGACCCAGUGCCCACGCCCCGAAGGCUCAAGCCCAGGAGCUGCAGGAGGAGGAGGAGCGGCCGGGGGCGGGGGGCGCCUCCCCGCGGGCGGGCCCCCACCGCGCGGCCUCCCCCGGCCGGCAGCAGCCUGCCCUGGCGACAGCGCUCUGCUCCCGCGCCCCUGCCAACUCUGAUUACGAACUCUCCCUUGACCUAAAGAAUAAACAGAUUGAAAUGCUAGAACACAAGUACGGGGGCCACCUGGUGUCCCGGCGCGCCGCUUGCACCAUCCAAACCGCCUUCCGCCAGUACCAGCUCAGCAAGAACUUCGAGAAGAUCCGCAACUCGCUCCUGGAGAGCCGCCUACCGAGGCGCAUCUCCCUGCGCAAGGCGCGCGCGCCCACGGCCGAGAGCCUGGCGGCCGAGAGGGCGCUCCUGGAGGGCUGCGGCCUCGCUGGGCUGCCUCUGGUGCGCUCGCCCUCCCUGCCGCCCACCUUCACGGGCACGCUCACCGAGCUGGAGGACUCCUUCACCGAGCAGGUGCAGUCCCUGGCCAAGUCCAUCGACGACGCCCUCAGCACCUGGAGCCUCAAGACCAUGCGCUCCCUGCAGGAGAGCGGCGCUUACCAGAUCCACCGAGCCCUGCGCGCGGGCGCAGGGCCGGCGGGCCUGGAGGCCGAGGCUCAGGAGCCCGAGGGUGCCCACCAGGGGGUGGGGGCCGAGCCUGCCGAGCCCGCCGGUCCACCCCAGGGCCACGGCAGCACUCUCAUGAUGGCUUUCCGGGAUGUCACCGUGCAGAUCGCCAGCCAGAACAUCUCCGUCUCCUCCUCCACGGCUCUGUCCGUGGCCAACUGCCUGGGCGCGCAGACGGCCCUGGCCCCCGCAGAGUCCGCGGCAGGCAAGGCGGAGCAGGGCGAGGCCGGGGGGCAGGAGGCCCCCGAGGCCCCCAGCGCCGGCCAGGGGGACGUGCCCGCCGAGGACGCGAGCGCAGAGGCCGGAGCCGGUGGGGCCCUGCGCGCCAGCCCGCCCGGGGCCUCGGUGCCUGCAGCGGAGGAGGAAGACGAAGAGGAGGAGGCAGAGGAGGUGGCGAAAGGGACGGAGGCCGAGGCCGAGGCCGAGGCUGGCGACAACUCCGAGCAGCUGAGCAGUAGCAGCACGUCCACCAAAUCGGCUAAGUCGGGUUCGGAAGCGUCGGCCUCUGCCUCCAAGGAGGCCCUGCAAGCCAUGAUCCUGAGCCUGCCACGCUACCACUGCGAGAACCCGGCCAGCUGCAAGUCGCCCACACUCUCCACCGACACCCUACGAAAGCGGCUCUACCGCAUCGGCCUCAACCUCUUCAACAUAAACCCGGACAAGGGCAUCCAGUUUCUGAUCUCUCGAGGCUUCAUUCCUGACACCCCCAUUGGAGUGGCCCAUUUCCUGCUCCAGCGUAAGGGCCUGAGCCGCCAGAUGAUCGGAGAGUUCCUAGGCAACAGCAAGAAGCAGUUCAACCACGACGUGCUUGACUGCGUGGUGGAUGAGAUGGACUUCUCCGCCAUGGAGCUGGACGAGGCCCUGCGCAAGUUCCAGGCGCACAUCCGCGUACAGGGCGAGGCCCAGAAGGUGGAGCGGCUCAUAGAGGCCUUCAGCCAGCGCUACUGCAUGUGCAACCCCGAGGUGGUGCAGCAGUUCCACAACCCGGACACCAUCUUCAUCCUGGCCUUCGCCAUCAUCCUCCUCAACACCGACAUGUACAGCCCCAACAUUAAGCCCGACCGCAAGAUGAUGCUGGAGGACUUCAUCCGAAACCUGCGAGGUGUGGAUGACGGCGCCGACAUCCCCAGGGAGCUGGUGGUCGGCAUCUACGAGAGGAUUCAGCAGAAGGAGCUCAAGUCCAACGAGGACCACGUCACGUAUGUCACCAAGGUGGAGAAGUCCAUCGUGGGCAUGAAGACAGUGCUGUCGGAGCCCCAUCGCCGCCUGGUCUGCUGCAGCCGGCUCUUCGAGGUGACAGACGUGAACAAGCUGCAGAAGCAGGCCGCACACCAGAGGGAGGUGUUCCUCUUCAACGACCUGCUGGUGAUUCUCAAACUCUGCCCCAAGAAGAAGAGCUCUUCCACGUACACCUUCUGCAAGUGCGUGGGCCUCCUGGGCAUGCAGUUCCACCUGUUUGAGAAUGAGUAUUACUCCCAUGGCAUCACACUGGUGACCCCACUCUCGGGCUCUGAGAAGAAGCAAGUGCUGCAUUUCUGCGCCCUGGGCUUGGACGAGAUGCAGAAGUUUGUGGAGGACCUGAAGGAGUCCAUCUCGGAGGUGACGGAGCUGGAGCAGAUCCGGAUAGAGUGGGAGCUGGAGAAGCAGCAGGGAGCGAAGACACUCUCCUUCAAGGCCGGGGGAGCCCAGGUGGACCCACAGUCCAAGCAGGGAUCACCCACAGCCAAAAGGGAGGCGGCGCCGGGGGAGAAGGCAGCGGAGAGCACGGUGGAGGUGUCAAUUCACAACAGGCUUCAAACGUCGCAGCACAGCUCCGGGCUGGGGGCCGCGAGGGGAGCGCCGGCGCCAGACCUGCAGCCUAGCCCCUUGUGGGAGCCGCCGCCGCCGCCGCCACCCACACCGCCCACACCGCCCGGGACCCUGGUGCAGUGCCAGCAGAUUGUCAAGGUCAUCGUCCUGGACAAGCCCUGCUUGGCCCGCAUGGAGCCCCUGCUGGGCCAGGCCCUCUCCUGCUACGCCCCGUCCUCCUCCGACUCCUGCGGCUCCGCACCCCUGGGCGGCCCAGGCUCCCCCGUCAAGGUGGUCCACCGGCCCCCGCUGCCCCCGCCCCCACCCCCCUACAACCACCCCCACCAGUUCUGCCCGCCCGGCUCCCUGCUGCACCGGCGCCGCUGCUCCAGCGGCUCCAGGAGCCUGGUGUAGACUCACCCCCACCCCCGACCCCGCCAUGCUGCUGUCCCGGGGUCGGGGGGCUGCGCCAGGGCCCGGGCCGCAGCCAGCAGCCCCCAUCGCCCCUUCGCCUGCCGCUCCCCACACCCGGCACGCUGUGUUCCUGGUCACCAUCCCUGUCGUGUUGGAGAGAGAACCCAACUCCUGGCACCUGGUUUCCUUGGCCCUGCUUCCCUUACUCAGUUGAGCAGCCCCCUCCCCCGAAUCUGCAGGCACCCCUCCCUCCCCUGGGGCCCCACACAGCCAGGCACAGCCAGGUGUCCUCUUCUCCCACCACCACUCUGGCCACCUGGACCAGGGACUGGGGGAAGCAGAGGCUGAGGGCCUAACCAGCUUCUGGGCCGAGUCUGCCAGGCCCCAGGCCUCAGGCCAGGCAGGCAGGCGUGAGGGCCGGGUAGCCAGCACCCGAGCCCUGGACAGAAGGUGGCCUAGCUAACCGCCCCAGCACUAGGUGCCACACUGGGUAAGGGACAGUCAGCCCUGGAUCCCUGGAGGGGCCAGGGUGGGGGGAGGCGUGAGGAAGGGGGUUUUCUGCUGCCCCUGCUCCCCCCCAAGCCCAGCAGUCUCAGGAGCCCACUCCUCUGUGCCCACGGAUGUCUGUCCUGGACACAGACCACCCCCUCCUCCCAGGGCUUCUCCUGCUUUCUCAGGGGCUGGGGUGCUGCCUGCCCAGGGCUGCCAAGACUUCAGGAGAGCUUCGGGAAACGGGGGAGGGAAGGGGGCGCCCCUCUCAGCUCUCUGUCAGUUCAACAAAGCUGGGGAACCAUGAGGUCACGUACCUACAAAAUGCACCUUUUAAAGAGUUUCUUGUUCUCUAGCCCCAAAUAAUACCCAGCCAGUGUAAAGUGCACCCAGGAGACACACACACACACACACACACACACACACACACACACACACACGCACACACACACACACACACACACACACACACACGAGAACCAGGUCCUCCCAGUACAGGAGCAGAAACAGGUAGGGGCAGGGAUUUGCCUAGGGGCAAACACAGCCAGCAGAGGUAGGGUUCCGACCCAGCUCAGGGCCUCUCCUGCAUGACUUCCAUGGCCUCCACGAGGGACAUGGACGCAGAAGCGCGCAAGAGAAGCAGGUGUUCCAGAGGCCUGGCACAUCCCCUGCUACCCUUUAAAUCCCCCGACACGCCCCAGAAGGCAACAGGCCCGCCUCCAGCAGGGGUAGCUGAGAGAGUCCCUACACCCUCAGAAUUGCAAAGGAGAGCCCAGAGGGCUAGCUGACCUCCCCAGAGCCCAGCAGAAUCACAGCCGACCUCUGUGCAGGCCCCCAGGGGCCCAGGCGCCCCACCUCAAAGAUCCCGGUAGCAGUACCCCGGCCGGCCCCAGUCACGGCCCUCCCAGGGACUGUCUGUCCCAAGCAGGCUGGACCCUCCUCUGGUCCUGAGCCAACAGCUCAUUGCUGUCUUUCGAUAAGAUCCCCCCCCCCGCUCGGAGCCCGGGUCCAAGACAUCCCAAGAGACGGAAGUGAAUUCUGAUCUAGAGUUAAUUUGCCUCUCCCCAUCCCUACCCCACACCCCAGACGCAGGCCCCGGAGCCGCUAGGAGGCACAGACUCCCCCUGCUCUCAGAGAUCCCAGGUGACCUAGUUUCGUGUGUAUGUGUGUGAUCACCAAGCGUCAUUAUGAUGUCACCAGCGAGUUUAUUUCUGGCCCUGUCUUUGUCAGCCGGAUGUCCAUAACGUGUGACCAGUUUGCCGCCUUCCCCACCAGGGCUCUCCAGCCUGUCUGUCUGCCCCCAGUCCGUCUGGCCCCCACCCCCAGUCCUUGUUGUCCUGGCCCCUCUCCUGUGUCUCUUCUGUAACAGGGUCGCAUCAAUCAGAGCCUUUUAGAACCGAGCAGCUGACCACACGGUUCACACACCCAGUGCCCAAGGCCUGGGCAAUGGUGGGGGGGGGGGGGUUCAGAAGGAAGAGGAGUUACUUGUGGUUAGAUAUGUUUAUGGGGUGGGGGCCGUGGGGGCCAGGGCUGCUGGGGGAGGGGCAUGGUCUCGGCCGCCAGGCCCCUUGUCACCUGCUCACACAGUGCUGCCAGCUGACCAAGCGAGGUGAAGUAAAGCCCAGACGUUCUAGAUCGGGCCCAGCAGGGGUCUCAGGGCUGGCGAGUGCCUAGAGCUCUCUCUGAGGCCCCAGAUGCUCAGGUAUCUCCGUGCCCUUCCCCAGGUAGGGGCGUCCCCCACCCCGGUCGCUGCAGGGGCUGCCCUGGGCCCCACGGGCAGCACUGGGAGUCCUGGCCGAGGGAGCAGGCCAGGCUGGGGUCAGCAGUACGUGGAGCCAACUCUGAGCUCCGAGGGGCUUUUAAUACCCGAAGGCCUGGGGCAGGGUGCAGGGGGGCCUCCUCAUCGUGGGGGGAGCAAGGGUUCCCAGCCUCUGUAACCUGAUCAGCCGACAGUCUGAGGUGGGGACCUGCCUCUGUGCCCGUCCCCAGAGCCAAGCCCCAGGCCGCUGGGACGAGCCUCGUGCCCCGCCCAUGGCCAUGGCCACGUCAGGGCCUCCAUCCUCCCAGAGCACCCAGCGGGGGAUGCUCUCAGGCCUCCUGCCCCCACCCCCCCCAGCCAAGGGGGCAGUGGAGUGCCGACUGAGCCCCCAGAUACAGCCUCCUGGGCACACGCCCAGUGACCCCAAGGUGGCCUCUCAAUACGGACUCUCUAGGCCUUACUUUGGGGACCAGGCCCCCCUCCCAGUUUUAUUCAUUUGGCCCCAACUCCAGAAUCAGGAGCAGGAGGUGAAACUAGCUUUCCCGCCCACUUUGGGGCCAGCCCACCUCCAGAGCUGGAGCUCGUCCUGGAAGCCCGGCUGCCUGUGUGCAAAGGCACCCACGUGAUCAGCCCUGGGCCCGAGCCCUGCCCCACCUGUCCCCCCACAGCCUGCCAGACGUCUCUUUGUGCCAAUAGGCUUCCCUGAUAGCAUCUGUCUGUCUGUCCCCAUGUCCUGCUGUACAUACAUCCUUGCUGCACCCCUCCCCCUGCAUACACUCCUUCCCCCCUCAGAGAGCAGCCUCUCUAGGGAAAGAAAGGCAGGGUGGCUGCACCCAGCGACUAAUCCAAAUGGCAAAUAUUUUGUAACAAAAUAGCCCAGAGG